AUGGGGGCCUUUGGUAAGAAAAUGCAAUUGAACUUCUUCGAGGGUGCUUGCACCGGCAGCCACACAGCAAUCGGGCAGUGGAAAUCUCCAGAGGAUAACUCGCGCACCAAAGACCGAUUGGACUACUGGCUGUGGCUGGCAAGGCUGGCGGAAAAGGGGAAAAUCACCACCGUUUUCAUCGCCGACAGCUAUGCCGGGCACAACAUCUAUGCCGGCUCUGCGGAUGCCUCGUACAAGGGUGGAUCGCAUAUUGGCAAGCUGGAUCCUCUGGUCAUUGUUCCUGCCAUGGCUGCAGUCACCCAGUCGGUGUCGUUUGGCAUUACCGCGAGUACAUCAUAUAUUGCACCAUAUGCUCUGGCUCGGACAUACUCAUCCCUGGAUCAUCUGACGAAUGGCCGCGUGGGGUGGAAUAUCGUCACCAGCCACAGCAAUUCGGCCGCUCAAGCAUUUGGCCGCGACCAAGUCGUGCCUCAUGACGAACGAUACGCCGCUGCGGAGGAAUACAUGGACAUUGUGUAUCAACUGUGGGAGAAGUCGUGGGAAGACGGGGCUCAAGUGUGGCAGGAAGAGCCCGAAAUGGCAUACGAUCCCAGCAAGAUCCACAAGAUCCACUACGAGGGCAAAUAUCACAAGAUGCACGCGUUCCACCAAACGCAUCCGUCGCCACAGCGCACACCGCUUCUGUUCCAGGCUGGCUCGUCCAAGGCUGGGAUCCAAUUCGGUGGCAAGCAUGCCGAGGGCAUCUUCUGCGCCAAUCCGACGAUCGAGUCGACCAAGAAGUACACGGCAGCAGUGCGUGCCAAAGCCGUCGAGGAAGGCCGCGACCCGAGCUCGAUCAAGUUCUUCCUUGGAAUCAUGCCCAUCAUCGGCCGCACUUUGGAGGAGGCCGAGGCAAAACUCGAGGCCGCUCGAAAGCGAGUGAGCAUCAAUGGCGGAUUGGCCAGGUUCUGCGGCUUCACCAACGUCGAUUUGAGCGGGUAUGCACUCGACGAGGAGUUCAAAUUCGAGGGCAAACAUCAUGAGAAUACCAUCCAGGGCGUCAUCGACAACAUCAAGUUGAUCUCAACCGAGAAGGUCUUCACUCCCAGAGUCGUCGCGGAGAUGUUUGCGCUGGGCGGAUCCGGACCAAGACCCGUAGGUACCCCAGUGAUGGUGGCCGAUUUCUUUGAGCAGUGGUGGAGAGAAGGUGAUCUGGAUGGAUUCAACAUCAACUACGUUUCGAAUCCCGGAAGUUUUGAAGACGUAGUUGAACUCCUCAUCCCCGAGUUGCAGAAACGAGGCAUCUACUGGGACGAUUACCCUGUUCCCGGCGGGACAGCUAGAGAGAACUUUCAAAGCCUUCCGGGGCAAAAGCUGUUGCCGCCCGAACACCCAGGAGCCAAAUUCCGAUGGAAUGCAGUGUCGAAAACUGCGGAGGUCAAUGGACCAAAGGCGGUAGAGGAAGAUGUUCAGGUCGAAAAGAUCAAGUUGAACGGUACAGACACUACCGUAGUGACAGUGACAGCAGCAUAG